CACACGAAGUGAUGACUUCAGUUUACUGGUUAAAAAAAUAAUAAAAAUGAACGUGGAGCAAAACAGAGAGACAUCUGAUGUUUAUGUCACUCCCAAUGAAUCGCCUGGCAAGAUGAAGAAGAACCAUUUUUCAUGCCAUAUUGAUAGAGAGAUGCUCAGAUUCAAGAUUCAUUUCUUUUUGUACAUUGGAGGUUGUGGCCUCGGAUGCAUCUUCGCAGGAAUCGGAUUUGACUACUUUGGAGGUCAUCAAACUUCAUCACUGGCAUAUUCUCCGGGUGCGGAUUCAUCGUCACUCUCACCCUCUCCUUCCUCGUCAUCCGGAAGCAGAAUUGAACUAUUCAGAUCACCCAAUAGAAAGCGAUUCGUGGAAGCACUUAUGUACCAAACCUUGACCAGUGACUCUCCCUCAUUUGGAUAUAAUAGAAGUAUUUGA